UCAACUGUCUGUAUAACAGAAUGUCUAUCGCCAACGUUGAAAACAGUGUCGAAAGGAACAAUGAUGAGGAAUUGCCUUCACAACCAACGACCGAUGAUGACACUUCAGAUAAAAAGUACGAAUGGAAAAAGAGAAAAGAAUUUUCCCAUUUAGGGGUUGAAGUAUCUAGUGAUCUAAAGGGUUUAUCUCAAAGACUUAAAUCCUUUAGAGAGAAACCAUUAGAUGUUGUGAAAAAACAUGAAGUGUCAAAGAAGCCAAGUAUAACACCACUGUCUAUUUCUGCAAGUGCUUCUAAUGCUCUAAAAAUCAUUGAUACGAUUGACAAAGAAGCUAGAGUUAGUGCAGAGGGAACUUUUGCUCAGAGUGGAACUUAUGUUCACAAAGGCUCCAAUAAAGCAGGGGAAAGGAUUCCUAAGGUUGGUGCUUAUGCUGAAGCUGGGGUUGGAAAGGCAAGUGCUGAGUACAGUGUGUUUGAGGCUGAAGCUAGAGGUCCUAAUGCAUCAGCUGGAGCAGAGGCUUCUGCAAUUGGUGUAAAUGCAAUGGCUAGAGCAGAGAUAGGAAGUGCUUCUGCCACAGCUGGUCCUAUAAAUGUUCGUGUAGGGCUUGGUGUAGAUACUGGAGUAUCAGUUGGGCCAGAUGGCUUGGAAUUAAAAGUUUUAGGAACUGGGUUUAGAUUUGGACCUACAACAAGCCUAUCGCUCUUUGGCUCUGAAAUUUCAUGUGUUAUCCAAUAA